UCCUCCUGUUUGUUGUUGUUGUUGUUCGAGUCUCGAAACCAAAAAUAAAAUCUCAUUCGUCAUUCAGCACUCGCUCAGAAGCGUCGAAAGACAUAAAAUGUUCAAACCGGAGCAGCACGGCCUGGACCGUGCCUUCCGGUUGACCCGGUUCUCGACGCUGCGCGGGUGAGGGUCCAAGAUUCCUCAGGAUGUCCUUGACCGGCUUCUGCGAGGAGUUUACGCCGACCAGUACCUCGGCGGAGGGGGGGCUGGUGGUGGUGGUGAUGGUGGAGAACCUUUCCAAAUUUUAGUAGAUAAGGAGGGCAAAAGCAGCACUGAUAACGAGGGAGUUGGCAUUGGAUUGGAUUCUUCGGUGAUUCCGUUGAAGAACGACUUGCAGCUGGUUCAGACGGUGGACUUUUUCUACCCGUUGAUCGACGAUCCGCACAUGCUCGGCCGGAUUGCGUUGGCCAAUGUCGUGAGCGAUGUUUACGCCGUGGGCGCGCUGGAAAUCGACGAGAUCAAGCUGGUGUGUUCGGCCCCGACGGAGUUUUCGGAGGCGGAGCGGGACAUUGUGGUCCCGAUGAUCAUUCGAGGGUUUCAGGAAGCGGCGGCCGAGGCUAAGUGUCCUGCCAAGAUCGGCAGCAUCGCGUUGAAUCCGUGGUGCAUAAUUGGGGGCAUUGCGACGGCCGUUUGUCACAAAUCCGAGCUCAUCAUGCCGUACCACGCCCAGCCGGGAGACGCCCUGGUUCUUACGAAACCGCUGGGGACCCAGCUGGCCACGAAUGCCUUCAUCUGGAUGACCGAGGAGGCGGAAAACUGGACCAAACUCGCGUCCCAUUUGACUCCGGCGGAAGUCGAGCGAUCGUACGCCAUCGCCGUCGAGUCCAUGUCCCGGCUGAAUCGGUCCGGCGCGGAGUUGAUGCACAAAUUCGGCGCCCACGCAGCCACCGACGUGACCGGGUUCGGUCUGUUCGGGCACGCCGAGAAUCUGCUCAAGUUCCAGAAGGCCGACGUUGACUUCGAGCUCGACACGCUGCCCAUCAUACGAAACGUGGUCAAAAUCGCGGAAAUCCUCGGUCGAACGCCGAAGUUGAUGGCCGGCAAGGCGGUCGAGACUUCCGGAGGGCUGCUGGUCAGUUUGCCGGCGGAGAAUGCGGAAAAGUUCUGCGCAGACUACCGGACAGUGUCCGAGCAUGACGCGUGGAUCAUCGGGAAGGUCGUCCCCGGCAGUCGAGUGCUUAGAAUGAGUCCAAAUCCGACCGUUAUCAGUGUUGACUAAUAUUUUGAAGAUUUUCGCCGAAGUUUCGCUGCGCGCGCGUUUGUCCGGAAGCGUAUGAAGCUUAUUUUUAAAGGCUGAAAUGCUGGUAAAUUUGCGAAAGUUUCUUCUGGCAAAGGUGCGCAUGGCGGAACUUUGGCUAAAACUUUCCACCUGAAGAAGCAAUAAAUAUUUUUUGAGCAUUUUAAAAA